CACACACACACACACACACACACAGUCGGCGCAAAAGUGCACGCGGUCUGCGGGCUGGUGCAGCCACAGAGCGAUCCAGAGAUUAGAGUGUGUCCGCGCGCCCGAGCCAUGCAGCACCGAGCCUACCAACCAAUACUUCCCUGCGGAAACAAAUACCUGCAGCAGAAAUGGGACAGGACCCAUUACGAAAUGCAUCAGAAGAAGGUCAUAUCUGCAAAACCAACAGUAAGCACAGGCCCACCUCAAACGUACGGUCACCUUCAACUGAAACUGAAAAAGCUGAAGCUUGAAGAAGAACGUAUGUCUAUAAUCCAACGAGAUAAUAAAAUGCUCCUGGACAAGAUAUCGUUCAUAAUGAGAACAACUGGACACAUCGACAACAGAAACAACUACGAGAAUAGAAGUUUGUGUAGGGAGAAGCGGCAACAGGAACUCCUCCGAGUCUCGAAGGAGAACCAGAUAAUUGUUGAGCGUUUAUCACGGUGUGGGCCGAGAUACAGCAGGCGACAGUGGCACGAGGACUGGCUAAGGACCGAAGAAUACAGAGAAAGCAUCGCGCGCUAUCCUCGCAGCGCGAGCCUCAUAAAGGCUCGCCCAAAAUCCAUUAAACAAGCCGCAAAGGAAGCCAAAGGAGAUAAAUCUGUCCAGGAGAGGAGUGGAGGAGACAACGCACCCGGUGACAAAAACAACAAAAGCGGCGAGAAAGCAGAAACGGACGAACGGAAAGGGUCAGACGGGGAACGCGAUGCUGAGACGAAGAACUCGGAGAGCGAUAGCGACAGCGACAAACACGACUGAACCAUCCAGGAACGACUUUCAUGUAACUUCACAUGUAUAUGAAGGAUGAAAAUUAAAAAAUCUGUUUGUAAAUUGCACUGUAAAUGUAGGCUCACAUGAACCUUUCUAUAUUAAGUGUUGUCAAAGUAAUUGCAGUACUUGCUAUUACACAAAUUUUAGACAAACAUGGAACUUUGAUACAAAAUGUAGAGCCUAUAUUUACAUUUUAUGCAUUCUAAAAAGCAGUAUUAACAACUGUGAAUUUGCUCUUAAUUAUUCUUAUUCUACACAUAAUUAGUGCGAUGUAAAAGCAGACUACCAUUUCUUCAUGAUAUAGUUUAUAGCAAUAUUGUUGAUACUCAUUUUAAGUCUUCAAAACCAUAUAGGCUAUUAUAUAAAUCAAUGUUUGUUCACAUAAGAAUUUCAAUAACCAUUUUUUUUAGUGAAGAACUCUAAAGUCAUGAGAUCACACACCAUAUUUUAGAUGGCCAGGUCUUCAAACCUUGAGAAAACAAACACACACACACACACACACACGAAUAGGGUACAUAAUCAACAAAAAAAUGACUGACUAUUCACCUGUGCAGAAGUGUAAUGAGAGCUAGCAGUAAGGUAUCAUUAACGGACAAUCUGGAGGCCAACUGUCCCGCGUAAUGAAGUACGGAGUCUCACAGAGACCCAUCUGCUCACCUCGGGUCACAGGUGUCCCCUGUGACUUUGAUGUGUGAACAGGCUGAAAGACAUGCCUGUCCGGUUAGGCACACUCCUCCCACUGCCCUUGAACAAGGCCCUGGCCUCAGAGCUGGAGUUGGUCCCCGGGCGCUGCACUGUGGCUGCCUACUGCUCCUAAGUACUGUAACUAGGAUGGGUUAAAUGCAGAGGACAGAUUACCCCACGGGGGUUCAGUAAAGUGUAUGUUGUCUUAUUAGCAAAGUGAGUGUUUUGAGUUAUUGCCAACCAUAUUCCU